CACCCAUUGUACAAAAACGCACCUCUAAGUAUACAACUCGACGCAAACACCCAAAAUAAAAGUAGGCAAAGCGAAGAACAAACACAAAACACAUACGGCUCAGAUCAUUUUCAUUCUUGGAAGUUGUCCAUUGCAAAAGAUGCCAAUAAAGAAGAACUUCUGCAACUACAUUUACGCGAAAGACAAAGAUGAUCGCCGCGCUGUGUGAACUAAUUGAUAAUGUAUCUACAACACGAGAAUGAAUUUUAGGCACUAGGCCAUCCCACUAGUCGUGUGAGCAGUGUCACUCACUAGCUGGAUGUGAAAAAGCUAUCAAAUAAUUCAAUAUUUAUAGCAGGAAGAACCCGAGCACAGAGGCGAUUUAUUUCGACAUUUAGAUACACACCAUCGUUGUAGAUACUAAAGAUAAUUCUGCUAGUACAGCAUCUCAAGUCACCGCUCGGCCGAAAGAAUCCAAGAUGAUGCCCCAGCAAGGUGACCAAGACGACAGAACCGGGUCUAUGUCCUCCACCGCUCCGCAGGCACAGGCACCACAGGCAGGGAAAGAACAUCAGGAUGCACCACCACGGAUCAGCAGCGACGGUGGGUGUGGAGAGGACCCAAAAAAUCUUCCUAAAAACGAGUCAGCAGCUACUUCGGUAGUUCCCGCUAGCUCCGCUUCCUUUUCCCCCGAUGAAUCUAAUUCGCGUAAUAUCUCGUCGCCCGUACUUGUUCCUGAAGUGGAAAGUACAGUUGCCAACCCUCAUCUGACGAAGGCGCCAGCUGCAGUAGGGAGCAGUACUCUCACGAUGGGAGAGGAAGAAGUUUUGGACCAUCAGAUGAUUACGCCGAAUCAAACAACUACAACUCAUGUUGAUCAUCCUCCUCCAGCCGCGGUAGAAGGUGGAGAGGAGGAGGACCACAUCAAUAGCUCGUCUAGAGCACCCCAGCCAGCCGAGGAACCAGUGCUUCUAGAGGUGCCGUCCGCAGCUCCUGCGACAGAAGGACCACAAAGAGCACCAGAGCCCCCGUUACUCGCGACGACCUCCGCGUCAGUGCAGCUGGAUGAAGAAGACUAUUGUCAAGAGGAAGCUGUGGCUAGUUCAGCUGUUGUGCAAGGACAUAAAGUAGAGAAAGUGGAAGAACAAGUGGAAGCAGAAGCUGAUGUCUCAUCUUUAGUACAAGGAAGUGAAGGGACAACGCCAGCAGCUGAAACUAUUUUGCAGACAGAAGAACUACAGCCACCGGCUGCGGGGGAACAAGUACUGGAAGGUGAUGAACCGGAGGACAUAAUGCUGCAAAAAGAAGAACUACUGCCUGGUGCUAAUAUCAGAUCAUUGCCCACACCCCAGCAGCACAACAUGGCAGCUGCGUCGCCGCGAGCAGAGAUGAAAGAGAAUAAAACGUACGCGACUACAACGGCAACGUAUUCUUCAGAUGUCGUGGAGGAAGUUCAAGUUGAUGAAAAGAUUGCUUCUCCUUCUCCAGAAGCCGUUGCGCCACCGUCGCUACAACUAGAAGUACUGGAGCAAGUUACUGUACCAUCACAACCUGCUGUGAUACUUACACCACAGGAAGAAGUAGCUGUAGCUUCUGAAACUCCAACCGCACCAGGAGAAGAUCUUGUUGCGUCGGUACCUGUGCAGCCGGAGGUCGUGGCUCCAGCGAAAGUGGACGAGAUACAUGCUGCUGCUGCUGCUGCCACCACAGCAGGAGCACCUACUACAGGCACAGCUGCUGUUGUAGAAGAAGUACUAGAAACUCCAUUACCAUCUGUCGAAGUAGAACCACCUUCACCCGCAAGCGGCACGACCCCGGCCGCGCCGGAAAUGGAAAUGGUCACGAACAAGAACCCCGCGAACAGUUACAAUGUGGUGAAGGAGCAAAACGAUUUCACGAUUCACACGAAGAACACCGAGCAGCUGCAGGAGCAGGACAACGGUAAUAUUACAAACUUCCAACAGACAGUAGAGCCAGCACCGCAACCAGUUCUCUCACACCAGCCAGAAGUGGUCGCUGUCCCGCCUGCUCCUGCUGCGCCGCUGAAGCAACAAGCAUUAGAACAACCACCUCAACAGCAAGAAAACAAAACCCCCGCUGCUGCUGCACCGCCUGCUCCGGUAGAAGUUGCCGGCGCAGGUGCUACGGCUCCGGUUGCAGCUGCAGAGGUGGUUCCAAAACAAGCGACGACCCUUCUGUCACCCGAGGAGCAAGAAGCUUUCAACACCCUGCUCUGGAUCUGCACCCAGCGCACGCGAGGAGGCGGAAAUAAAUCUUCGACCAAGAAGGGCGGUGGAGGUGGUCCUGGGGGUGCAGCCGGGGAUGUUACCAAAGGACUUUUUCCUACCUCGGAACAACAUCAUCAUCAAAAUUGCACCACUUCUGCCACUGGUACGCCGGUCGCGGCCGCGGUUUCCGCGGGCUUUUUCCGCAAAGCGGAACGACAGGACCAGCUGGCGUUUGCGCUGCUGGAGUUGGGAAAGCGAGCGUACGAAAUUUACGGCGACAGCAUGGAGGAACGCAACACCGCAAACGACUUCCUCUUCACAGUGGGCUCGCCGCCACGAGGACACAAUGCGAAAAAUAACCGCAAGUCAUCUUUCGGGAACAGUUCGAAAAACAAAAAUGCCGUGCGCACGCCGACCUUUCUCGAGCGCCACUGCAGUGUGGGGGUAUGCCUUGCAAAAGUAUUUGUGUAUCGCACUACGACGAAAUUGCAUGACAACUUCGCUCUAAAAUGCAUAGAUGCAAUUUGUCAUGCAGGAGAAACAAGAAGCAAACACACCUGUCAUGCAGUUUUGCAUGUAUUAGUCGACGAGUGCGUUACACUUUUGCAGGGGAUAAUGCGGGCUGUUUGACAAUUUUAUCGGCGGCAGCACAGCGCCAGACGGCGGUGCAGGGGGAGCGGGACCGCAGCAGCUCUUAAGAGCGGGAGCUAACCAGGCGACCAGGGCCGCAACCUCGUUUCUACGCAGUGGGUCUUCGACCACGUCGGCGCAGAAUAACACAACGAACAAUCGCCGUCAGGUGGGACAACAUAAUUUUGGGAUCGGGUCACAGAAAGGGCAGGGAAAACACGGCGCCCAUAGGACGAAUCCGAGCUCUGGUAGGAAUCAAGACAACAACUUCUGCGCACAACACCACGACGAGGCAAAUUACUGCGCGCAACAGUAGAAGUAGAAUUACAGUUACAGCUUUUGUUGAAAAAAUCGAAUAAAACGAUUGCAGAGCUGCGAAAUAAGUGGUGGCAAAAUCCGACGACCACCAGAUUGGAUUUGAUGCCGAAGACGCGAAAAUACUUAUCAACUUUUUAUCAUGAUUUCAAGGUCACACACCUUGACCUUUACAAGCCUACUGGUUUUUACAUCCACAAUCGAAUGAGAAAAAAUAUCUAUCCUGCUGCGCAGUUUGGCUAGGGUGUCAGCAACAUGCCCCUGGCGUUCUCUAGUUGUUCUGCGUUCGCAUGUACUAGGAAACGUUGUUCAGAAAAAG